UUGCAGGAUACCGUCUAAAUUACCGAGUUUGCCGUUGGAGGUAUGGGCGGUCGCGGUGCCGGCGGUGGCGGCGUCGUUUCGCACCUCGGUUUCGCGGUCACGCCCACGUUGGCUCCGUCGGCGCUUUCAUCGAUGCCAAUCGCCGGCAGACGCGGAUCAUCAGUCCGACAGUCCGAUAAAUCCACACCCGAUCGUCCAGCGGUCGACAAUUCCAAACAAGAAUCGUUAGACGAUCGUGCAUCGUCGAAGCUCACGCUUGACGAUGAACUCUUUGACAUCCUCUACGCGUUUGGCGAAAGUGAUGCAUUCCUAGGGAAGUCGGAUCACAAAGAAGACGCGGACGAAGACGGUAAACCACUUACAAGACAGGUGCUCCUAGAGCGGAUUCGGCAAAAGAAAGAGGUUAUUGGCAAACUAAGAUGUCAACCAUGGAGUAUGACAAGAAAAAAACGUACCCUAAAAUUAGCACAAAAAUAUCUGGAACAACACGAAUCACGUGUAUCUCGAACGCAUCUUUACAUGGAAGAACUACGGAAGCGGAUGCGAUUGUUAAAAAGAAGUUUUGCAAAUUUUAAAACAUACCUGAUACCGUGGGAAGGAAAGAUUAAACGUAUAGAAAGUCAUUUUGGCUCUGUCGUAUCUUCGUAUUUCACAUUCCUUCGUUGGAUCGUUUUUGUUAAUGUAAUUAUAACGUUAAUUAUUCUUGCGCUGGUAGUUUUGCCAGAGACCCUCGCUGACGCUGCUGCUGAUGAAAAUAGAAGAAAUCGGACUGAAACUAGGAAACAAAUCCCUCACAAUGAGCGAAUACAUGCUGAUGAAAUAGCUGUUGUUUGGCAUUAUGAUGGUUAUCUUCGAUACUCACCACUAUUCUAUGGGUACUACUCAGAUGAUGAAUUUCUUGGAAAUAAAUAUCCUCUGCCGCUGGCAUAUUUUUUAGUUACUAUAUUCAUAUUCGCUUAUAGUUUCUUCGCUAUUCUUAGAAAGAUGGCAGCCAAUGCUCGGAUGUCGAAACUGUCCGGAAGCAAGGCAGAACAGUACAUAUUCAAUUGGCGGGUUUUCACCGGGUGGGACUACACAAUCGGUAAUCAAGAGACGGCAAGCAACACAGUCAUGGCGAUAGUUAUUAAGUUGAGGGAAUCUAUUGCUGAUUGUCGCGUCUCACUUGGCUCGAAUUUUCGCUGCCUACAAUUUACACUACGAGUAAUAGCAAAUCUUGUUAUAUGUGGAAUGCUUGCAUUCUCUAUAUACUGUAUCUCAUUUGCUGUAUCAAAAUCGCAAACAGCCGUUGAACAGGAAGGAAAUCUGUUUACUAAGAAUCAGGUUCCCUCGAUUGUGGCGACAAUUACUCACGUCUUUCCUAUGAUUUUUGAUCUUAUUGGUCGUUUGGAAAACUAUCAUCCACGGACCGCUUUGCGAGCUCAUCUCACCAGAGUUCUUGUUUUAUAUGUGCUGAAUUAUCUCACAUUGAUAGUAGCUUUAUUCGACAAAAUGGGUGCUAUACGAAAUAAACAACCUGAUGCACUGGAGCUGCUUAGAGCAAAGCGCCAGUUGGGCGGAAGGAACCCUAAUAUCCCACGUCCUCCGCCAUAUGCUAGCAGAACAUUUGAAAAUCGUACGGACCUUCUUCGCUUCAUUGCAAAAAGCACAAAACGUUUUGAACAAACUCGUACAACCAGAGGCGUGUCGACGACUCCGUUCACUGUUGCACCUCAAUUUGGACCAGUUAACGUUAACAACCCGUACGCGAUUUUACGAAAUGGAACCUUGAGAAAGGUUUUUGAAGCGAAGCGGAUCGGACCUGAUCCGUUGCCCAUCUACACGCCACCGCCAAGAACAUUCCCACCGCAUGAACGUGGAAAAGUGAAGGAGAAAUUCGGUGGCCCGGAUUUCGCACGCGAAAAUCAACGGGUGACGAGACCACCAGUACGCAUAACGAGACCUCCUGCCACCAGAAGGACCCUUGCUACGACUGCUGCUACUAAGCAAGUAAAAGCUCCGAUGAUUCCAAAUCGAAGUGACCUCCAAGCUGAGCCUGAUGCCGAAAACGAUGACGAUCCGCCUGAUGAUGAUGGUGCGAUCGAGGAACUCCUAGACCUGAAUGAAACCAUGCGUUUACCUGCUGCUGCCGAACGAAAAAGCUCGGCAGACGAAGUCUAUAACAGCGAUAUUUGCUGGGAGACCAUCAUUGGCCAGGAAAUUGUCAAACUUGUUACUAUGGAUCUCAUCGUGACGAUUGUUUCCAUUAUUGUGAUCGAUUUCCUACGUGGUCUGUGGAUCAAAUACUGCUCGGCCUGGUGGUGUUGGGAUAUCGAGACCACUUUCCCCGAAUAUGGCGAGUUCAAAGUGGCAGAGAAUGUGCUGCACAUUAUCAACAACCAGGGUAUGAUCUGGCUUGGGCUGUUCUUUACACCCCUCCUACCAGCUCUAAACAACAUCAAGCUGGUCAUAAUCAUGUACAUCCGUGGAUGGGCUGUCAUGACUUGUAAUGUGCCGGCAAGAGAAAUUUUUCGAGCCAGUAGGUCGAGCAAUUUUUACCUCUUGAUUCUGCUUCUAUGGCUCCUCCUCUGUACGUUACCCGUUGGUUAUGUCAUAGCAUCGACGAGGCCAUCCAGGAAAUGCGGACCUUUUGCGCGCCAUGAUCACUUCUACACUGUGAUUACCAAAGAGAUUGAGAAAAGAGUGCCUCCAUCAUAUUUAGGUUACAUCCGAUAUGUUGCCUCUCCCGGAAUUGUUGUACCAAUUCUACUAUUUUUGAUGCUUAUCAUCUACUUUUUGGUGUCCCUAGUGAGAGGCUUACGUGAAGCAAAUACGGAUCUACAACAACAGUUGAUACAUGAGCGCACAGAAGAAAAGAAGAAGAUCUUUGAAUUGGCUGGUGGAGGAAAGAAAAAGAUUGAGGACAGGGAUCGUGAUCAUAGAAAAAUCAUGCAGUACUUGCCUAUUAUCGAACAGCAGAGGCGGGAACCUUGGAGAGCUUACAAUGACUUACAAGAAGAGCCGCUUCGUGCUGAAGACUCCACAGAAAGUGAGGAAGAAGAUCAAGAAGAAUCACCGUCGCCAACGUUUGUGCACAAAAUGACUGCGCCGGUGCCCUCGAGCACUUCUGAAACGGUGGCGGCCAUGCAUUUUCUUCCAUCACUAGGCUCGUUAGACGAAAGAGAAGAAGCUGAAGAAGACGAAGGCUCACCUGCAAAUGGCACCACACCUCCUCAAACUGCCUCCGUCCACAAAGGCACACAGCGAUUUUCCAGCAUUGCUCGAAGUGAAUCGGAAACGGAAAGCAUAGAUGCGCAUAGCAAUGUUAUAGAUAUCGCAACACCAGAGGAAGUUCGUAGUCUGCUUCGACCACUUCUUGAGAUGAAGAUCAUGUCUCAGCUGCGGAGUUCUCGUGCCUUUCCAAGCGAGACGCAACCCGGAUCUUCCGGCUCCAAUGACGACCAGGGACCAUCACGUGAAGACUCGUCCAGCGCUAUCGUACCGCCGCCUUUGCUCAUCAGUUCUCGGCGAUCCAGCAAAAGACUAUCCUACAUAUCACUCUACGAGUAUCCUCACAUUGGUGGCUGUGCUAGUGGCGCGACUCGCGACGAUGGCAGUCCUCUCAAUCCUCUCGCUGGAGCUCCCACGCUAAUUACGUCGCAAAAAAUGCGAAAUGCUCAAGAGAUGCGAGCGGAAGUUCAUCGCUUACCGUCUACCAAAGAAAAUGAAGAAGUACUACAACAGAAAACACAGUCUGCUUCCACAUCUGGUGCCGGCACGAGUGCGAAUGGAAACAACAACGGGUUCAACGUUGAGAAUAUACAUUCGACAUUCCAACCAUGGCCUUCAAUCGAGGAAGUUCGAGCGAGAAAGGAGCAGCUGCUGAAAAAGACGCCACUACCUUUCUACAAAACUCAUGUGCAUCAUUCUGGUACUGCUGUUAGCCCUCAGCAACAACCUCAGCCUGGUCCAAGUACAAGAUAUCCAAGCACAAUUCCAAAGGCAGCUAUUCCUCCACACAGAAAGUAUGAGCAAGAGGCCUCACCGGUUAUUUCCUCAACUGAUGAUGAGGGAAGAUCAUCUUCUCCAUCGAGGAGAUUCCGCAUAUCAGUUUCGCCUACGAGGAAAAUAGAAACUGAUACUGGUGGCAAUGGAAAAGCAAGGCGAUUCACCAUCAAACAAGAAUCGGCGGCUCCAUCGAUGGUUUCGGUUCAACGGGUGACACCGCCAAAAGAGGAACGGCUAAUAGUUGGCAAAGCGCCAUGUGUUCAAUUUGGUGAUGACGAUAGCCCUCGUGUCCAUGAGUGUUAGCUCCAAUGUUAUCAUCCAAUUUUUACCCUUUGAUUCAAGUGGCUUGGCGACUGGAAGGCGGGGCUUCGUGACCUAAUUGUUAUCCCCCAUCAACUGCCCCGUAUAAUUUCUAACCACCUUCUUCCCGGUUGAAUUUUCAGUCAAUCCACAAUGCAUUUUCAUCACUUUAUACGUGAUAGAUGAUUUCAUAUUUACUUUAUUUGUAACAUUUAUCAUUAUCGACAGCGUUGCCUUCGCUCUUCAAUGUCACAUUCCCAUUCAGACUCUCAUCACUUGAGAUUUAUUUUUUUUUAUUUAGGUGAAGCUUUCUCAUCAUAUCAGAAUCUAGUUGUAUGUACGUACAGAUGGGAUAAAUCAAUUUAAC